AUGUCGUCUGAUGCUGUGCCCCUGGCGGUUUCUACGAGACAGACGGAGGAAGAGUUCUCUUUCCAACGCUACACGGGGGACCGCAGUCGGGAAAGAGCUUUUUACUUGGGUCCAUCGAGCGAGGGACCUGGGCAGCUGGAACGUUGUAUUAGGGAGUACUACAGCGUGGAUGCGCUUGCAGAGUGGCUGAAGAAUGUUGGUACCGGAUAUAAAGAUAUAACCUUGCAGUUCCCUAACAGCCUUGUCCUAGACUCUGCGAUAGUGUCGAGGCAGUUGGAGGAGGCAGUGUCCGGCCAACAAAAGCGCAGGUUUUGGGUUUUGGCGGACACGGCGUACAGUUCGUGCUGUGUUGAUGAGGUUGCUUCGGAACACGUCGCAUCUGAUCUCGUUGUUCAUUUUGGAGACGCGUGUCUCAAUUCGAUCCAGAGACUGCCAGUGGUCUACUCUUUUGGGAAACCGCAUUUGGAUUUGGAUGUCGUGAUGGACAAGUUUUUGUACACGUACACUGAUAAGAGUGCCAAGAUUUGUCUGAUGGCAAACUCCUCAUAUACUUUCCACCUUAAGAGUCUGUACGAACUGUUGACAGCAAAGGGUUACACAGGGUUGGUCUACACUGACAUCAAUUCUGAACUGGUGAACGAUCAGGUGACUGUCCUAGAUUUUGCCCAAUCUCAGGAGUACAACUCGCAUAAUAAGUUGCUUCAUACUCUAGAGAACCGUCAUGUAUUUGGGUCCGACACUGUUGAGCCUAUAAAUUCAGACUCAUCCUUCCAAGAACAGGACUACCACUUGUUCCACGUCACUGUACCGCAAGACCCACAUCUUCUGUCCCUAACGACUAUAUUCCCACAUGUCUCGCUUUAUGACGUGCAGAACAACGAAGUACGCGAGGGGCCCUUCCCAUCUCUUAUGAAAAGAUACAAGUACAUGCAGUUGGCGAGGACUUCCAGUUGCAUAGGAAUUUUGGUGAACACAUUAUCCUUGCGUAACGUCAAGGAGACUAUCAAUAAACUUACAGAGCUGAUCAAACUAAACGGGAAAAAGCACUACCUGUUCGUUGUUGGGAAACCAAACGUCGCUAAACUAGCAAAUUUUGAACCAAUUGAUAUUUGGUGUAUCCUCGGUUGUAACCAAAGCGGUAUAAUUAUUGAUCAGAUAAAUGAGUUUUACAAGCCUAUAAUCACGCCAUACGAGCUCACGUUGGCAUUGAAGGAUGAAAUCGAAUGGACUGGGAAAUGGGUUACUGACUUCCAGAAAGUUUUGGGGUCUAUAGAUGAGGGAAUCAAAGAACAAGAAGAAGAGCAAUUGAGUGGUAACGGUGAUGAUGAUGCCCCUGAGUUUGACGUUGUGACCGGUACAUACAUCAGUACGUCGAGACCCCUGAGAGAACUAAAACGGCUCAAUAUAGAAGCUCCGUCCGGUUCAGAAAAAUCUCUGACGAAGACUGUUGCUGGAGGGACCGUGAUUAAAGGGACCGUCUCGACGUCUGCCGCGCACUUGCAUUCGAGAACUUGGACUGGGUUAGGUAGUGAUUUUCAAAAUGAUGAAGAGUUCGAGGAGGACGGCGCCGUUGUAGAGGAGGGGAUAACUGGUGUUGCCCGUGGCUACCAAUUCGAUCGGCGAGACGCUGAACGUAAGAACUUAGAGAAAUAA